GAGACAGGUGACGUGACACCAACCUUCCAAAAAAGUGUGACACUGAAUGUGGAACAGGUUCAAGGAAAACUGUGUAUUUUACCGGUGAGCUACGGCACUGCCGCCGAGCCCCCUUGACUAAGAACAUACGUACUGUUGGUUGAACCGCUUGCUGCAAUUUCGAAGAUUAGCUCCUCUAGAGACUUUUGUGUUGUUUGUCACCGAAGCUUAUACUCACCUAACUGGGGUUCUAGCUAAGAGAUAGACCAUUUCUUUGUCCCGAGUUCGAUGGUGCAUAGAAACGCCCGGUGGAUGACGCCGCUGACUAAAUCAGCGCAUUUUUCUGUGGCUAUAUGUGCCGACGCGUUCACACCACAGAGGAUCGUUAAGGUAGUGUUCAUGUAUCAGCAGAUGCCUCGUCCGUUGUUUACCAGCAAGGAUAAUGAGUAGUGUGUCCACUUUAGCAUCGACCUUACGCAAGGAGAGAUGCUGAGUGUAACGUUCUGAGGAACAGCGUACGCUCUUCGUGGCAGAACAUCGACAGAGUUGGACAGCCUAUACUGUAAGGCACCAGUAGACGCGAAGUCGUACCGAGUCCACUGAGCGAGAACCCCGUUGUAUCGGGCGUAUUAAGUAGUGCAUCAGAUGGCUCGUGUGCCCUCUCAAAACUUCGUAGCCUGCGUGUGGGGGUUCCAAUUUUCCAGGGCGUGGUUUCCAUGUGUGUUCGCACAGCGGGGAAGAACAGCAAACGCACUUCCCUGUGGGCAACAUCUCACUUUAGGUUUAAUGAACAGGGAGAAGUACGGUUGCGGUGGAUCUUUUCAACUCAUCAAUGUGCUUGAACGUUAACAAAAAUAUCAUUUUUCCUUCAUUGCAUAGCGCUUCACGGCAAAUGCAUUUGCAUGUCUGCAACCGCAGUGGCUCGCGCCCUUCAUAAGCAAUUUCAACUGCUAAAAGAGAAUAUACGUAAUCGUAGAUGCACGCGCAUCACCUCCUCGCCUGGCAAUUCUUUUCUGUAUGGAAUCAGGGUGGGCAAUCAACAGCUUUCGGCACACAAAUUCCAACGUGUCCCAGAGGGAAAAGCAGUUGACAACAUAUGCAUUCUUCCCGUUCAGGCUCGACAGCAGGCCGGAUCGACAGUAUUCGCGUGCUCUAUUGGCUCGUCGGAGUUUUGGCAUGGUCACACUGUUGCUUUGAUAUCGUUGUUUGGUUCUUUUACAGUUGAAGUACGCCAACGACACCGCGGAACACGCAGAAACCGACUUAGUCGGUCCUUUCUUCAAUUCUCGAUUCCUGCAACUGGUAAACGAUCAGUUUUGUAA